AUGCCCUUGUUCAAAGUUCAAAGUGAAAGAAACCCACAAAAGUUUUCCAUCUGUGCCAACUCUUUGGCAGAUUUAAAAGAUAAAGGUACUUGUUAAAAGAACUGUUAAGGCCAUGUUUAAUACACAAUGCAGUUUUUCUUGCAACUAAUUUUUACCCUUUUGGUUAGGGUAAGAUUUAGAGUUAGGGUAUUUUUCAGGGUUAAAUUUAGGUUUCUUGUUAGAUUUAAAGGUUGUCUGAUCUAUAGACAAGUAUCGUAUAGCCAUAUAGAACAAGACGAUUGGUGUUGUACCUAUAACCACAGUGUAUUUAAUAUAGCAUGCCUUUAGAACCAAUGAAAGGUAUGGGAUACUGACAUCUUCACUUGUUUUUUGUAUAGGAAGCACUAAACUUGGCAUAAAAAACUCUGAUGAUUUACAAGCCAUGCUAGUAGAUGAUCAGUCCAUUAUUGAUGAUGAAGAUGUAUUUUCUGAUCUUUCUCCAAAUACAUGCUUUUAUUUAAUUGAGAAAAAGACAGAUGAUACUUUGGAGUCUGCUGGCACUUUUGCAACACCUUUGUCAUUUAUACAAUUUGCAAACAACAGGCAAAAAGAUUGACUAUUAGUGAAGGCAAUCUUGGGUUACGGAUGCCACUUGAAUCAGUGAGUCAAUAUUUGUCAUCAUACUAUGCAUUUAAAAUUGUGUUUUAUUAUUUUACAGUAUUGGAUAUUAUUAAUUUAUGCCAAUUGAAAAUUUCACUUGGCCAGAAAUAUGUUGAUAAAACAAAAUUUAAAAACUUAAAUCUAUUAAGUGAUUAUUAGUAUAGUUACAGUAUAGCUUAUAUACAAUUGGUGAAAUUGCUUUUUUUUAUUUUAUAGGAAACCAUUGCAACACCUGAAAAGAACCCAGAUUUGAUAGAGAAAGCUAAAAUUUACACAUCUCCCAGAAAUGAUUAUGAGGAGGCUGUAAACAAUGCAGCUGUAAAACUUGUCCAGGAAAUUCUGCUCUUGUUUUCCAGACAGGUAUGUUAUGAUACACACAGUACUUGUACAAUGUAGCAGGAGUGCACACUGCAUGCCGUAUAUCCAUGAGGAGAUUUGUGGUUUCAUCUACCAAGGAAAACAUCAUUGCCCAAUUGCCAAAGCAAAUGCCAAGGCAUGUCAGAAAUGCUCUUCAAAAUAUUACCAAUUUUGCCUGAAAACAAGCCUGCCCAGAGAUAUUUGGGGGCCCAGGAAAAAUAGUAUUUGAGCCCCCCUGGGAAAUGAAUUGACAGAACUAUUUUUACACAUACCGGUAUUGUAUUGUUAUUUGGGGGCCCUUUUAGCUAAGGGUCCAGGGCGAAUUGCCCACUUUGCCCCUCCCCCCCUGGGUUGCCCUGCCUGAAAAUAUGCUAAUUUCAAAGACAACAUCAUAAAGUAUAUAUAAUAUUGAAAGUCCCCAAUACAGGGUCUAAUCAAAUCCUUUCUAUCUUCACAUAAUCUCAGCUUAAGUUGUGUAAUGAUACUAAUCAAGCAUGUCUACUAGAUAAUAUUUUUCUUUCUAUUUAUAUGUAGCAGAAUAUUGAAUAUGUCUGAUUGUUAAAAUAACAGCAGGGUGCAAUAAUUCAAUAUUUUUAGCCGUACCUGACUGGUACUCCGACAACUUUUGCCGCGUACCUGGUCUGGUACAAACUUAAGAGUCAAGACGUACCUAAGACUACUUCCGAGUCAUGCGUUUUUAUACCUAUAGUUUACUGGUCCAAAAGCAAAAAAUGUAUGGGCAAUUUUGUACAAAUGAAUCUUUAAUUAUGGUAUUUGUACAACAUAAUACAACAGUUUUCAAAGCGUCGACGUUGUGACUCGAAUGCCAUCGCUCAUUUACAGUGGAUUUACCAAGGGUGCUAACAGUCUGACCUCAGCUACAUACAGUGUAGUUUUCCUCAUUGGGCCUAAAAAAUACCUGUGGCUGUGGUUCCGGUUUCAUAUCGCGAAAAAAUUAGGAUAGGUAGGUCGGAAAUAAAAAUUUUUUAAAAAUAUUUUUUUCAUGGUUUUGGCAUUAUCGGCGUUUGACGAUAACGAUUCUAAAAUCGCUCACCCGAGCGAUUUUUUUUCAGUCUGACGAUGACGAUAAAUUUUUUGAUCAAGCGCAAAGAUAACCUUUUGGCUUUUUUCAUCCCAAAAUAUGUCGGAUGCGUGGAAUUUACAUGUACAGCUAAAGUUCUUCACAGUUUUGAAUACUUUGGCAGGUCUGCUAGUUAUUGCUAGAAGGAAAAUGUAAGUACGCGAAUAGCAAAUUUCCGCGUACCUACUUGGUACUUGCCUAAAAACAAAGAAGUACCAGACCAUAAAUUUGGUGUACCUCCGGUACGUUGGUACGCGAAUUAUCGCACCCUGUAACAGGACGCUGGGUUUACUUGGGCGACUAUUGAUGCCUCAAAGCAUUAUGAGAGCAUUUGUGACAAAACACAAAACAAAAGCGAAUUUAUGACUUUGCAGGCUAUAUAUCACACCCAAGUAACAAGCUCAAGGUUAAUCAUAUUUUGUUUUGAACUGGUUGCUGAGAAUUUUGCAGGAGUUUAAAAUCUGACAAUGCAUGGUGCAGAUUGGGUUUCACAGUCAGGCAUGUUAACUAAUUUUGAGGUUCCAAUAAAUUUCCAACCAAAAUAGAGGCAACCAGCAUGAACCUGUAUAUAAAUGAACAAAUUGUGAGCAAUUUUGGUUAUAAACUGCAUCAAAAUCUUUCUUAUUAAAUAUUAACUUUUCAUUUUGCAUUUUUUCAUAACAUAUAAUCCACUUUAACCGAAAUUAUCGUAUGGAUCCAUUGGCAAUACUGUGAAAUAUAUGUGUACUCAUGCAGUAUAUGUGCCAAAGUUCAUGCUUUUACUGCAAAACCCACAUUUGGUGCACAAAUACCCAGAUAAAAUCAUCUGGGUUUCUCGAUAUAGAAUCCAAUGUUCCCCAUAUCUAAUUAUUUAUAUCACAUGAACUCAUCAUACAUAAAACUUUGUUUGUAGGUGAGUUGUAUCUAAAAGCAAAAGAAAUGGUUCGAGAAGGCGGCUAUAAAUUCAAGAAAGGCUAUUCCAGAUCAAAGGGUCUAAGAAAGCUAUAGAAGACCUGAAACUACUGCUUAAAAGUCUUGAAGAUCAGUUGCGUUUUAAACAAAUGCGCAUAACCAAGGCAAAAGCUAUCAAUGAUUUUAAAGUAGCUGACCAACUAAUGGAUGAAGUUAGGAAUCUACUUAGAGAGAAAACGGAUUGCGACAAACAAUUGUUAGCUCUUGAGAAGAAGUCGUCCAAGUCUGAAUGGUACCGUAAAAGAGCUCACUCUAAAAGUACAGCACAUGAAUUUAAAGAUGGAAGUUCUCUAUCGGAGCCAGAAGGAAGCCAAAAUAAGAUCGCAAAAUUUUUUAAAGGCAACGGAAAUGUUGCAAGCACUUCCACAUUGACUGCUACAACAGAUGAUGUUGCAAGGCAAGAAAAAGCAGAUAAACCAGUAGACAGAGUUAUCAGCAUUGAUCAUUCUCCUCAAAGUGAUGAUACGUUGAUUGUGUCUGACAGUUCUGAACCAGAAUUGUCUUUUUAG